CAAUUCUUUCUACUUCAAUCCACAGUUGACCUUCAUUCAAGUGAAAUUAUAUUAAAAAACAGAGCCCCUAUAGAGCAUAGAAAAUAAUAAUAAAAUAACCCCUACACUCACUCCUCCAUCAACUCAAAGAAAAACAACGACACCAACGGCCACAUUUCACACAACAAUGAACAUGCGGCCUGGACGAAGGACCUCUUUCGGUGGUCUGUCCAAUACGUCUAUAACAGACUAUGAAGAAACUUUCUCGGAUCCUGAUUCCAUUCAUGAUAUCACCCUCUCACCCUCACACAGCCGCCAGAGUUCACGAACAACAUCACCUGGGGAUCACCUUGCUCCACCAAAGAAGAGCAAGAUCUCGGGUUUACGACUCAGCCUGAAGAAUCUACGCACCCCGAGAUCCUCUAUUAUCAUCCAAACAGAUAGUGAGCAUUCGCCCGACAAUACAUCCCCAACACGUCCAUCCAUUGAUAGAGCCAGACUGUCUUAUGGUCGUGGGUCUUCAUUAGAGUUACUUCCUCACGAUGCCAGGACAUCGUUUGAGGAUAACAUUGGUACCAGCUUUGGAAUUGGUAUUGACCCUCGUCGCAGAGAUCAACAACAACAACAACAACAACAACAACAACAACAACAGCAACAACAGCAACAACAGCUUCUUGGCUCUUCUCCUCAACUCUCAACAUCAGUCCCAAAGGCAUCGUCAUCAUCGCGUUUCUCCUUCCUUGGGUCCUCGACACCAUCUACACCAACAAUGCAUCGAUCAUCGCACUAUCGUAACUACACAACUCCAACAAAUUCACCCAAUCUAUCCAGUUACGGCUCUUCACCACGGAGAACAAUGGCUUCUCCAUCACCCAAGCCCGUCAAAGAGACUCACAUAAUGAUGAAGGAUUAUGAUCCCAUGACUGGCAACAAGAUGAUUAACAAGUACAUGGUCGUAAAAGAGCUGGGUCGAGGUGUUCAUGGUAAAGUCAAGUUGUGUCGCGAUACGGAAACGAACGAAUAUUGUGCAAUCAAGAUCGUAGACAAAACCACUCGAAGGCGUCUUGGGCGGGCCCAGAUUUCUAACGAGCAAAAGAUCCGUCGUGAGAUUGCAAUCAUGAAGAAGUGUAUCCACCCUAACGUCGUACGACUUAUUGAAGUGAUCGAUGACCCGAGUGCAAGAAAGAUUUACUUGGUAUUGGAAUACAUGGAAGGAGGAGAGGUUCGGUGGAAGGAUGCUGAAGAUAGACCGAUCUUACCCCUUGAAGACGCGCGGACCAUUUUUCGUGAUGUGGUUCUAGGACUAGAGUAUCUUCAUAUCCAAGGUAUCAUUCACAGGGAUAUAAAGCCAGCUAAUCUUUUGUUAUCAGGUGAUGGCACAGUCAAGAUAUCAGAUUUUGGAGUGUCUCAUUUCAGUGAGAAACAUGCAUCGGAACAGGAUCUGGAAGGUUCGCACAUCACAGAGAAAAACCCAGCAGGCCCCUCCCAUGCAAAUCCUUUUGAACAAUUUUUCAGGCAUAGUCAUCAUCAGCGCCAUAACAACAACAGUCAGAAUCAACGGCACCAUCAGUCUUCUCAAAAUCCUUUGUUUUCAGCUUAUUUGCCCUUCUCCUCAAAUUCUCAAGUUCAUCAAUGGGGUGAUGAUCUCGAGUUGGCAAAGACAGCGGGAAGCCCAGCAUUUUUUGCACCCGAAUUAUGCUUCGUUAGCGAGUUCUCUCCUGCUCCGUCUUCAGCAUCUCAAACAUCAUUUAUUCUAACUCCUUCAACCUCAAAGACUAAUCCUUCAACCCCCCCAGGAACUUUUUCCUCUGGAUCAGGAUCAGGAUCUGGAUCUGGAUCAGGGUCUGGACAAGGACAAGGACAAGGAUCUGGUCAAGGAUCUGCACCCCGGCCUCCUAUCACAAAAGCGAUCGACAUCUGGGCAUUAGGCGUGACCCUCUAUUGCUUUGUAUAUGGAAGAUGCCCAUUCAUCGCAGAAACAGAGUUUGAGCUUUUCAACAUCAUCUCCAGAAAGCAACCAAGCUUACCGGAUUCUGUACCAGGACGUGAGCACGUGAACGAUUCUUUGAAAGAUCUUCUUUCAAAGCUGUUGGAAAAGGAUGUCUCCAAACGGAUCACAUUGAAGGAAGUGAAGGAGCAUCCUUGGGUCAUAGAAGAUUUAAGAGACCCUGAGAGAUGGAGAAUUGAAACGGAUCCGUGCAAUUACCAACGCGUUCAUAUUACUGACGAGGACUUGAAGGGUGCUGUAACCCUUAUAGACAAGAUCAAAAACCGUAUACGGAGACUCUCAGUAUCACUUAGUAACUUUACACGGAGAAGGAGUAAAUCAACUGCUUCAGUUAAUACUCCAGUAUCUCCUAGUUGUCCACGCAGUCCAAUUCCUAUUAUACGAUCACCAGUGCCAACGACAUCACCAUCAAUAGCCCAUGCAGUGGCUCAACCCCAUAGCUUUGUCAACCCAAUGUCUCUUCCUGAACGGUUUCAACAUUUUCAUUCGUUUCAAAAUUCUGGGCCGAAUCAAAGCUACCGACGUUCUGAAUUUCUCGAUCGACCUAACAGUCUCUACAGCAAUACUAGUAGUAUGGACGAAAUGGAUGGAGGAGGAGGAGGAGGGGGAGGAGAGGAUCAUAGCGGCUCAGGAUCAUCAACGCAAAAUAACUCGAGCUAUAUUGGGCGUAGACGGAUCUACCGGAUGUCUGGUUCUCAGGGUUGCAAUAAUUUAUCUGGAAUUUAUUUCGACAACAAGCACAGAAUCAAUAGACCUCUAUCAGCAGGUCCAUUUCCAUCGAGUGUGCUCUCUGGUCGCAAUUAUUCAGAUGAUAUAAUGGAUCAUCAUCAACAACAACAACAACAACAACAGCAACAGCAACAACAACAUAAUCAUUAUGGGCUGUACGGGAACAACAACAGCAGGACUGCGACGGGUGGAGUGACGCUCAAUCGAGCGAGUAGUGCGCGGGUCGUGCCUUCAAGUCACAGUAAUUUAUCCAAGAGCUGGGUUUAUACACUGCCCAUAGAACAUGAAUCUGCUGUUAGGGAUAGCGGUGAAUCCCUGUCAAUGCAGAAACAGGGGUCAUUACAACUAAGCCAACAACAACAACAACAACAGCAAGAACAGCAGCAACAACAGCAAGUGCAUGAACAAGAAGAACAGCAACGACAACUCACACAUAGGACUUCAACUCUUUCACCCUCCUCUACCUUGGUAUCGAGUAGUCUGCAGGAACCAUCCGAAGAUGGGUUUUUAGAGGGAAGAGAAGGAUCGAAUGAGUCUCUUGUAAAGACCUCAGUGUCAGAUAAUGGUGGCUUUGGCAAUUCACAAAACUUGGCGAUCACCCAAGAACUGUAAAUAGGC